AUGGAUGCUACACAGACAAUAACAUCCGUAUUUUGCAACUGUUUUCAAAUUGGCAUUGGUCAAAGGCCGGCGCAAACGGAACCGCAAAAUAAAGUCGCACUAGACACCAAACGUAUGGGGUCUAAUUGUGUUAUAGUCAAGUCGGGUCGCCGGAUAUGUGGCAGCGGUGGCUGUUUAGCAAAUUCACCAAUCGCUCAAAAUAAAGGCUAUUUUGAGAUUAAAGUCCAAUCCACAGGUAUUUGGGGAUUUGGUGUAGCUUUUAAAGAUUGUAAUCUUGAUGAGAUUCCUCUCGGAAACGAUUCCAAGAGUUGGGUCUAUACAUCUAGUGGUAAUAUAUUGCAUGAUGGUACAGCGAAGUAUAGUAAUUUGAAAAAGGCUGAAGAAGGAGACGUUAUGGCAUGUACUUACGAUCAUGUAGAGCUUAAUUUUUAUCUCAAUGGUGAUAAUUUGCAAGCUCCAGUUACAGGCUUUAAAGGCACUGUAUUUCCUGUGAUUUAUGUCGAUAAAUCUGCAAUCCUUGACGUUAGUUUCUGCGAUAAGUUCUACUAUCCUCCUCCAGUCGGAUUUGAAGGAAUUAUGAUGGAACACUCUAUCAUAUAA